GGGGUGUGGAAAAAGCACAGAGUGAGAGGCCAAAGAGUCGGGCCAUAUAAAGAGAAAGAGAACACAAACCAGGCUCUAUCUUUCUCCUCUAUCAGACCUCACCGACGACCCUUUGCUUCCCCACCCUCGCACUAACCUUCAGUGUGUAGAAACUUUUUGCUCUAACACAGUCCCAGCACCAACUGAGACCAAAGAGGAUGGCUACAUCCACGUGGAGAAUGAAUGGACUCUACAGAAAGAUGACUCAACCUCUGUUUCUCUGCACUCUGUUCCUUAGCAGUGUAGUGAUAUGUCAAGACCAAACCACCACCCCUACCACAGCACCGAGUGUCAAUAACGGGACAAACGAAACCUUCAUUGAUUCCCUCAUUACUUCACUAACCAAAAGUUUGGCUAACAACAGUGAGCUUUGGUUGCUCACGGCAGAACCGCAAACGGACGAAGACAACUCCAGCAAUGAUAAUACAAUGGUGGACAGUACUAAAGGUCCAUCACCAUCAUUAGAUUUAUCACCAUCAUCAUCAUCGUCGUCGUCGUCGUCAUCAUCAAAUUCCUCUGUGUUUGUGGGACUACUUGUCAGUGGUCUGCUUGCUGCCCUUGGAAUCACUGUAGGUUAUUGCUAUUGCCAACGCAGGACUGACACCAAGGCAGUGAAGCUGACAGAUGAGACCUAUCCAGCAGAUCAGGAGAACCAGGGGAGCACUCUUGCUUCUGUAGCCCCGCUCAUCCCCACUCCCGAGACCCAGGAGAAACCCAGCGUAAAUGGAGAGUCCCCCGAGGCAGCCAAGACCCAACCUCCUCCACCUACCAACGGCCACUCCACCACCAAGACAGCAGACACUGAGCUGUGAAAUAGUCCAAAAUGAAUUGAAUCCCAGGAACUACCCAUCUAUACACACAGACACGUCUGAUGAAAACACAUCUUUGUUUCAGAAUUCACUCCUGCCUAAUCAAACUGAGGCCACAGAAAUGUGGACUUUAGGGACUACAGCAAUCCCUUACAUAAACACUCCUGUUGUUAUAUGGUCCUGUUACCUGCUCUUUUAGCUAUGUGCCUCAAAAAAAAAUCAGGAAAACUAGUCUGAUGAUGACAAUAAUGGUAGAGAUGAAUGAUGCUGAUUAAUCACGACGAAGACUCGGUUCCUGGGUUUUGAUGGCAGUCAGGAAGGAGAAGAAAGACAGGAGAUGGGCAGUUCUGGGUGUGAAGAAACUAUAAUGUUAGUAUUAACCACAGCUUGCUACUAUGAUGACUGCAGCCUCUGGAGUCACAGCAAUGUGCUGUCCACUUCAGCAGAGGCUCUGCCUGUCAUCUGGUUUAAUGCUCCAGCCAAACAUCCAACUGAAAACACAGCUAAAGCACCUAAAUAACACGUGUCCUUACAUUAAUGUAAGACCAUAACAGACAGACAGGAACUAACUUACACUGCCUUGAAAUCUGUUUACAAGAAUACAUCUUGUAUUCUUAACGUGCGUAG